GGUGACUUAAAUUUUUAGCAAUUGCGCGGAGAGAGGGUCAAGGUUUAUCAAUCGCCCCUGGCCUGCUAUAGAAUUUUCACUUUUUUGUUUUGCGAGACUCGCCACAGCAGAUCGAGACGAGCAUUCAGAACUACAGGUUCAGAAUGGGGGGUGGAAAGUGGAUUUGGAUUGCGGCCGUGCUCUGCACUUUGUCUGCUUCUGCCCAGUCUUGGCGGGAUAAGGAAUUAAAUUUCACGGAGUGCUGGAAUUAUGGAAAAAACAAAUCCGUUUUUGAAGCUCCAGUUUUCAGUUUGGCCGAAGACAAUUUGAGUUUUGACGGUUGCGGAACCUGGAAUAGAAGCGAUGGAAACAAUAAAACCACUCCGUGGACCGUUUUCCUCGUAGAUCCGGAAGGAUCUUAUCAGGAAAGUGUCCUCCUAUCCGACCAAACAAUUAUUUCCGAAGCUGGUUUCAACAAAAGAAAAGACUCAAAGAUUUUCGGCGGCGCUUGUGUCAACCAAACUGACACGGCAACUUGUUUUGAAGGCCGAGGUUUGCUCAGCCAAAAGGUGCUGGAAGUGACAAAAGUCGAAGGGAAGCACGGAAGAUUUUUCACAACGACGGUCCUGAUUUGGCGGAUUGAAAAGGUGCAAUUCUCGCCCACUUUGCAACCGGUUUGCCUGUGGAACGGGGACAACCAGAACGACGAACACGAAAUCUUUUACGAUAACCUUUUCGCCCCGGAGGCAAAGUGUUACUCGUAUAGAACGAUCCAAGAACGGGAAUGCGACCUUUACGGGAAUUCAAUCUGCACUGGACGGGAGGGGAACCAGCUGGAAUAUUUGUACAAUGAACGCGACGGGCGAUUCUUUCUGCGCGCAAUAUGGUAUUUCUCCGAACACAAUGGCAAACGCUUUGUUCUGGUGUUGACGGACUUGCUGCCCUUCAUGAGUCAAAUCGUCGCCGCGACCGUCGACUUGGCCUGGGUGCCCAAAACUCCCGAGUCAAAAACAAAAACAAAUUUCCAAAGUUUUCCCGGCUGCGGAUUUGCAACGGGCCCAGCAAGUCCUUGGCACGCCACAUUAACCCUCCAAACGGACCCAAAAUAUUUUUGGGCAGCGACUUUCAUUUCCAAACGAGCCCUCGUCACAGCUGCCCAUUUGCUUAUCGGCAAGGACGGAAAACCUUUGAAGGCGAACGACGUGGUUGUGAAGCUCGGAACGCAAAAUUCCUCACAAUUGCAGGUUUCAAAAAUAGUGUUGCACCCCGGAUACAACGUGAGCAGGGGCGACUUGAGGGACGAUGUCGCCAUCGUCAUCUUGAGCACCGAAGUUCAAUUGAGCGAUGAGGUGCGGCCGAUUUGUCUUUGGAACGACGUUUAUCAACUCGACAAAAUCGUCAACAGAACUGGCUCGGUGUGGAGUUCGUCGAAACCUGAAGUCCUUCAAGAGACGCGAGUCCAGGUGGUUUCGCACCAGGAGUGCUUCAACAACGACCGAAGCUUCUUCUCCACUCACCUGCGGCCGACGGAAAAUUUUUGCGUCGGAUUCCCUACAAAUCAGAGCGGCGUGUGCGUGGGCGAAGGCGGCGAAGGAUUUUCCUUGUACGAUGAAAUUUCCAAACGCAAUUUUCUGCGCGGCGUCGCCAUCUUGGUCAACGACAGUGAGGGCAGCAAAGGUGACGUCAGGGGGUGCAACCCGAAGCGCUACACUUUAGUAGCCGAUGUGACCAACUACAUUGCCUGGAUUGUUGAUAACACCCCCGACAUAUGAAUUAUCUACGUUUUAUAAAGCAAAAUAAAUAAAUCCAGGCAAACUGGAGGGUUUUUAAUUAGAAAAAAUUGGUUUCUGAAUGUGGAAUAAAAGGUGUUGAAGUUUUA